GGCAUUUCCGCGUUGGUGUUGGUCUCGGUGUUUGAUGAUUUCCUCUACUUCUUCCCUUCCUCUUCCCUUCGCCCGCGCCCACCAGAUCUGCGCUCUUUGAUGCUUCUCUACCCGGCGGGGAUGGCGGACGGGGAAGCGGGGGAGGGUUGCAGGGAGGGGCGACCUCGCCGCGCCGGGAGCGGCAGCAUGGUACCGCUGGCGCAGCUGAUCGGGGAGGAGGCGAGGAUGGAAAAGGUGGAACGACCGCGCGUGCGAUACGGAUGCGCCGCGCAGUCGAAGAAAGGGGAGGACUACUUCCUUAUUCGGACCGAUUGUCAGCGCGUCGCCGGCGACCCCUCCUCCUCUUUCUCCGUCUUCGCGGUCCUCGAUGGGCAUAAUGGUAAUGCUGCAGCAAUAUAUACAAGAGAUAACUUGUUGAAUCAUGUUAUGUGUGCAAUUCCUCAUGGGCUUGGUCGGGAAGAAUGGCUUCAAGCUCUACCUCGUGCUUUGGUAGCUGGUUUUGUUAAGACUGAUAAAGAAUUCCAAAGAAAAGGACAAACAUCUGGAACCACAGUGACAUUUGUAAUAAUUCAUGGAUGGACAAUUACUGUUGCUUCAGUAGGAGACUCUCGGUGCAUCCUAGAUGCACAAGGAGGGGUGGUUUCUGCACUUACUGUUGAUCAUAGGCUUGAAGAAAAUGUUGAAGAGCGGGAACGGGUUACUGCCAGUGGAGGUGAAGUAGGGAGACUCAACAUUGUUGGUGGCGCUGAGAUUGGCCCCCUUCGUUGUUGGCCAGGGGGGUUGUGCUUAUCCAGAUCAAUAGGAGAUAUGGAUGUUGGGGAAUUUAUUGUCCCCAUUCCUUAUGUCAAGCAAGUCAAGCUGACAAAUUCUGGAGGAAGACUUAUAAUUGCUUCAGAUGGUAUAUGGGAUGCUCUCACUUCUGAAAUGGCUGCAAACUCAUGCCGAGGUUUACCUGCAGAGCUUGCUGCCAGACAAGUUGUAAAAGAAGCACUUAGGACAAGGGGUUUGAAGGAUGAUACAACUUGCAUUGUCGUCGACAUUACUCAACCUGAUCAUUCAGACCCACCUCAAUCUCCACCAAAAAAGAUGAACAAAUUCAAGUCUUUCAUCUUCAGAAAAAAAUCAAAAGAUUCUGCUAAUAAGCUACCUAAGAAAUUAUCUGCUGUUAGUAUAGUUGAAGAAAUAUUUGAAGAAGGAUCAGCAAUGCUUUCUGAAAGACUAGGAAAUGACCCAUCUGCAGAAAAAACAUCCAAUAUGUUCACGUGUGCUAUAUGCCAGGCAGAGCUUGCUCCAAGUGAAGGUGCAUCAGCUCAUGCUGGCUCCAUCUUCUCCACCAGCCCAAAGCCAUGGGAAGGACCCUUCCUCUGCACGGAUUGCCGCAACAAAAAGGAUGCUAUGGAAGGCAAACGCCCAAGUGGAGUUAAAGUGUUGUAACUCCCAGCUUCAUCUCAGUUAUUUUUAGUUAUUGUGUAUUCAUUUGCUGCCAUUUUUUUCGGCUGGCUGCAUCAUUAUUUCAUUCAGGGGGUCGAAGAGGCAUCCAUGUAUCUACAAAGUGAUGCGUUGUUUUGUUCUAUGAAGAUGGCUAUUCUGUUUUUAAACUUUUGUCUGUGAACCAGGAGUAUUUUAGUUGCUGUUAAUGCGUAUUGCAAUUAAUACUGCAUAUAGUUUCAUUU